AUGGAUGGAAAAACGAUUUAUACGCUGUUCGGCACCGGAUACGACAACUCCCACGAGCCGAAGCCGCUGGUGAACGAGAAGGGCACGAUCCUGGGUGUCGCCAUCACCUUUGAGACGUUUUACAUCACGAGUGCCUCCUACCAGAUGUCAACAGCCUUCAUCAAACUAUCCCUGCUCUUCCAGUACGUCCGAAUCUACGACCAGCCCGGCUUCCUCCGCAGCGCCUGCAAAGCCAUGAUCCUCUUCACCGGACUCUGGGCCAUCGCCUACAGCUUCCUCGGCUGGAUCCCCUGCUACCCCAUCCGCGCCUACUGGGACUGGCAAGUCCCCGCCGCCCGCUGGGGCUACGGCUCCCUCAACGCCGACAUCUUCUACGGCACCUACGCGAGCCACGCCGCCCUGAACGUCAUCCUCGACCUCCUCGUCCUCGCGAUCCCCGUGCCCCUCUACUUCAAGCGCGACGCCACGCUCAAGUCCAAGCUCGGCCUGCUCGUCCUGCUCACCAUCGGCCUCAUCGUCAACGCCAUCUCGAUCGUCCGCCUCAUCUCCGUGGUCCAGCACAAGGCCGCGACCCUACCGACCCUCGACUACACGUGGUACGCCCCGAUCAGCGUCGUCAUCGCCUGCGUCGAGGUCGACCUGGCCAUGGUGGCGUGCAGCGUACCCAUCUUCUGGCCCGUGUUGCGGAAGCAUUUUGGCGAUUUCGGAGACGGCAUCUUUGUCACCAAGGAGAUCGAGGUCACGCGCGAGGCCAGGCGGUUGGAGAGCGUCGAGUUGGACGAUGACUUGGAGAUGGAGCCGGACAGGAGGUCGAGGGUUGGGAGCGAGGCGAGCCUGCGACAGGAAUCGCGGGCGCCGCCGAAUGGGCGGUAUCUGGACGAGUUUGUGGUGCGGCAGGUUGACCCGUUGGCGAGGAGUAAGAGUGUGGUGACACAAAUCAAGACGGGUGAGGCCGAGGUGGAAGAUGCCAAAUGGUGGAAUAAAGGAAGACUAGAAUAA